AUGUCUCAGUCAACCGAUUUUUACGGGUAUCUCCCUAGCAAGCCAGCAGCCUUGUUUGGAAUUGUCUACUUUGGUACAACAGCAAUCCUAUGCGGUCUUCAAAUUAUUUUUGGAAGAUACAAGCACUACUGGAUGGCCACCAUUGCCCUCGCUGCUGUGGGGGAGGCUCUCGGUUGGGGGGCGCGACUCUGGGCUCAUAUCACACCAGAUGAUUGGCUGCCAUUCAUGAUCCAAAUUUGCAGCCUCGGCAUCACUCCGGUCUGUGUUUCCGCCGCAGACUAUGUCCUGUUUUGCCAAAUUAUCCAAAAUACUAGGCCUCGGCUGUUCCAUAUCUCUUCCAAGUUCUUCUGGAUUGGUUUUAUCCUCCUGGAUAUCAUCUCAUUAUCCAUUCAAACCGUAGGAGGAGUUUUGGUGUCAAGUGCCCAGAACAUGGACCAACUAAACUAUGGAUCGCACAUCAUGCUGGAUGGAAUCAUAUUUCAGUUCAGCAAUGCCGUCUUGUUUGUGCUGUUGUUGUUGGGGGCAAUAUUCAGGAUGCGUUCGAAGGGUAUGCGGCAACUUUCUGUCACUGGAUGGCCGACCAUGCUCGCUAUGUGGGUUUCAACAGUUAUGGUGUUUAUUCGCAAUGCAUAUCGAAUCGCCGAAUUGUCGGGUGGAUGGAAUGGCCAUUUGGUGCGCACUGAAUGGUAUCUCGUCGCUUUCGAUAUGGGGCCAAUAGCGGUAGCAGUGGGGGCAUUCGUUGUGUUCAGUCCAUCAUUAUUCUUCGAUAAUGAGCACCAAGGAGGAGUCAACAAAGCUCAAUCAACCGAUUGCGUUUUGCUUUCCUCACCACAGGAAAGAGCUGUAUGA